AUGAAUCUUCUAGCAGGCAUCGUAAAAAUGCCAGCGCACCAAAUGUACUGGGCAGCUGGCACCAGUGGUGACAUAGUUUUGAGGCUUGUUGAAAUUAUGACAAAACAUCUCAACUACAAAGUAUUUGAAGAAAAUCUGUUUAACUAUCACAAACUUAGGUGUGCUUUGAAAAAUGAGGGCUUACUGGCAUUGAAGACAGUUAGAGAAAACCGGAGUGGGAGAUGUCCUUUUUCUAAAGAUAAAGACCUCCUGAAGAAAGGCCAUGGAUUUUCCAAAAUGAAAAUAGAUGUAGACAACAAAGUUAGAGCGUGCAAGUGGGUGGACAACAAAGUAGUUUGUCUAUUGUCUACAUUUUCAGGUGCCGACCCGGCUGAUGAAGUAGAACGUUGGUCAGAGGCUGAAAAAAGGAAGAUCCAGGUUCCAAGGCCUGCAAUAGUCAUGGAGUAUAACGCGUCGAUGAGAGGAGUGGACCUACAUGAUAUGUUGGUGGAACUUUGCCGCAAUAACAUCAAGGUCUCUAAACCUUAUCUAAGGAUAUUUUAUCACAUGGUAGACAAGGGUGUUGUAACCUCAUGGCUGUUGUACCGCAGACACUUGAAACACAUAUUUCCGGACACUAAGCGAAAGACCUUGGUGGUAAUCAAAGAUGAACUUGCAGAGUCUCUCAUCAAAAGUAGUAAAAGUAAAAGAGAUAUGAAGAGGGGAAGACCAAGUGCGGAAUCGGCAGAAAACCCUCGGCCAAAGAAACAUACUGUUGCCGCUAGACCUGCUGAGGAAGUUCGUUGCGACAGUGUGGAGCAUUCGAGUAAUUCUCCGUCCAAGAGAAGUCGCGUGCUACGGCGCGCCGGGGUCGUGACCUUUCUAUUUGAGGCUCUCCCGUACUACGCUCCUCUACCGUAUCGCCUUACAAAUAAAAUGCUCGGAAUCGCUCAAGUCGAGCUGGGAAACUCCUAG